CAUCGCAACGGCAAAGUCGAUCCAUGUGUUCUACAACUCACCGACUGAACGGUUAUUCACAACUAUGCCCAAACUUUCCGAAGCAUCUCUAAACGGCAAAUGAAAAAAAAAAAGUUAAUAUUAUAAUGCUUUCGUGUACCCAAAGAGGAAAAUACGGGAAAUCGAGGAGAUGAUAGUAAAGAAGAAAUUAGCGUGAAAACAGACAAUAAUACAAUGUCCAUUCUGAAGGUAUGGAGCUCUAUGAUUACAUAGGCUAUUUCUAUGUUUGAAAAACGCAAAAGAAAGGAAAAGUUUGGGAGAGUUUGAGGCAAACUAUGGCGCGAGAGAAGAUUGGAGAAACCGAAGUGGUCAAAGUGAAGAAACAGAGGAAGAAAACCAAGAAGGAACACAAAACACGGACUGUGCAUUCUAACAUUUUAUAUGAUCGAACCAAAGGCGAGGACAACCCAAAUAGACACUAUUCAGACAACAAGAUUAAAACCACAAAAUACACCCUUCUCUCUUUUCUACCGAAGAAUCUGUUCGAGCAGUUCCAUAGGUUUGCCAACGUAUACUUCGUGUUCAUCGCUCUGCUCAAUUUUGUUCCAGUUUGUAAUGCUUUCCAACCACAGCUGGCCCUGGCACCAGUGGUGUUCAUCCUGUCGGUCACUGCCAUCAAAGACCUUUGGGAGGAUUACAGAAGACACAGAUCCGAUAAAGAAAUCAACCACAUGGAUUGUUUGAUCUAUAGCAGGCCAGAGCACCAGUACCUGGAACGGUUCUGGAAGGAGGCCCGUGUUGGGGAUUUCAUUAGACUGCGCUGUAACGAGAUCCUGCCUGCAGAUGUUCUACUGCUCAGUUCCAGCGACCCGGACCGCAUGGUCCACAUCGAGACAGCUACCCUGGAUGGAGAGACCAACCUCAAGCAGAGACAAGUGGUCCGCAGCUUCCUGGACCUGGAUUGUGAUUUUGACCCGUCCAGAUACAACAGCGUCAUAGAAUGUGAGAAGCCGAACAACGACCUGGCCAGAUUCAGAGGCUACAUUACCCAUCGCAGUGGAAGAAGAGAUGGCCUGUACAAAGACAACUUGCUGCUGCGGGGCUGUACUAUCCGCAACACAGAGGAGUGUGUGGGGAUAGUCAUCUAUGCAGGUCAUGAGACUAAAGCCAUGCUGAACAACAAUGGCCCCCGCUACAAACGCAGUAAACUGGAGAAACAGAUGAACGUGGACGUGGGCUGGUGUGUUAUCAUCCUAUUGGUCAUGUGCCUGUUCUCUGCUAUCGGUCACGGGUUGUGGAUGUAUCAGUACGGAGAUAAGAGACCCGUGUUUGAUGUUCUUAGUCCUGAAGGAGCCGACCUGUCGCCUGUCCUGUCUGCCGUCUAUCUCUUCCUCACCAUGAUUAUCGUCUUUCAGAUCCUGAUCCCCGUCUCGCUGUUCGUGUCCAUAGAGAUUGUGAAGAUCUGCCAGGUGUAUUUCAUCCAUCAGGACCAAGACCUGUACGAUGAGGAGACGGACUGUCAUCUGCAGUGUCGAGCUCUGAACAUCACCGAAGACCUUGGACAGAUGCAGUACAUCUUCUCUGACAAGACCGGAACACUCACAGAGAACAAGAUGGUGUUCAGGAGAUGUACGGUGGCCGGGGUGGAGUAUAGUCACGAUGCCAACGCGAGGCGUCUGGCCAUGUACCAGGACCUGGUGGACUCAGAAGAGGAGGACUGUACGUCCCACAGUGGCACCUUGCCCAGACGGGACAGCGUCACCAGCAACCAGAGUGCUGCCAAGGUGGUACUCCGCUCCCAGAGCACCAAGUCCCACCGCAGGACUGGCAGUCGGGCCGAAGCCAAGAGAGCCAGCAUCCUGUCCAAACACACUGCAUUCAGCAGCCCCAUGGAGAAGGAUAUCACCCCUGACCCCCAGCUCCUGGACAAGGUCAACCACUGCAGCAGCCAGAUGACCUUCAAGAGGUUCCACAGCCAAUCCCUGUCUCAGCUGCCCUCUGACCUCACUGACAUCAUCGACUUCUUCAUCGCCCUCACCAUCUGUAACACAGUGGUGGUGUCAUCGCCCAAUCAGCCACGACAGAAGGUGCGAAUGAGGUUUGGGCUGAAGUCCCCAGUGAAGACUAUCGAGGACUUCAUCAAGCGCUUCACCUCCAGUCGUCUCACCUCCAACUCCAACAGCAGCAGCUCUUCCAGCCUCAACCGCUCCUCCCACCGCGAAUGUUCCAGUGUCCUCUCCUCCCCCUCCGCCGAGAGCACCCUGACUAAGUUAGAUGAGGAGCAUCACCCUGGAGGUCCGGGUGGUUUGGAGCAUGCCUUCUCCCCCGUCCCUCCUCACGCUACCGAGGGAGAGCCCGGGGCCGUAGAGGAAGGAGAGCUCCGCUACGAAGCAGAGUCACCUGACGAGGCUGCCCUGGUGUAUGCGGCGCGUGCCUACAAGUGUUCUCUGGUUGGCCGGCUACCUGAUCAGGUGACGGUGGAGCUACCUCACCUGGGGAAGCUAAGCUUUGAGCUGCUCCACACUCUGGGGUUUGACUCCACCAGAAAGAGGAUGUCUGUGGUGGUGAGACACCCGCUAACAGACCAGAUCACCGUCUACACUAAAGGAGCUGACUCUGUCAUCAUGGACCUCAUCACACUGCCACCUACAGAUGAUUCCAAAGGGAAACGCCAAAGAAAGAUCCUGUACAAGACCCAGAAUUACCUGAACCUCUACGCUGCUGAUGGUCUCCGGACUCUCUGCAUCGCAAAAAAGGUUAUGACUAAGGAGGAGUAUGCUGUCUGGUUGCGACAUCAUCUGGAGGCAGAGACGGCCAUACAGGGAAGAGAAGAGCUGCUGUUUCAGUCUGCUCUGAGGCUGGAGAUCAACCUGCAUCUAUUGGGAGCAACGGGUAUAGAGGACCGUCUACAAGAUGGUGUCCCAGAGACCAUUGCGUCGCUGCGGAAGGCAGGGCUCCAGAUCUGGGUUCUGACAGGGGACAAACAGGAGACAGCCAUCAACAUCGCCUAUGCUUGCAAGCUGCUGGAACCUGACGACGAGAUCAUCACACUCAACGCUGACUCUCAGGAGGCGAUGGCAGUCCUUCUAGAGGAGAGUCUACACUACAUCCAGGCUAAGUUCCUGUCCUCGGAUCCUUCCAGAUCCUUUCAGAAAGACUACGCUCCCGCCUACUCCUUCCCCCCUCCUCCUCCCUCCUCCUCCUCCCAGACCCAGUCCUUCCUGGUGCACCGGCUGGGUCUGGUGAUUGACGGGCGGACGCUGGCCUACGCGCUGGACAGCAGCCUAGAUGAGAAGUUCCUGGCGUUGGCGAGGAGCUGUCGGUCAGUCCUCUGCUGUCGCUCCACACCGCUGCAGAAGAGUAUGGUGGUUAAACUGGUCCGGAACAAACUGAAGGUCAUGACGCUGGCCAUAGGUGAUGGGGCAAAUGAUGUCAGCAUGAUUCAGGUGGCUGAUGUGGGCGUCGGCAUCUCAGGACAGGAGGGCAUGCAGGCUGUGAUGGCUAGCGACUUUGCCCUACCGCGGUUCCGGAACCUUCAGAAGCUCCUGCUGGUUCAUGGUCACUGGUGUUACUCCAGACUGGCCAACAUGAUACUCUACUUCUUCUACAAGAAUGCAAUGUUCGUAGCUCUGAUCUUCUGGUACCAGUUCUACUGUGGUUUCUCUGGGUCAGCCAUGAUAGACCAGUGGUAUCUGAUCUUCUUCAACCUCAUGUUCUCUGCCUUCCCUCAACUCAUCACCGGAACCCUGGAUAAAGAUGUGUCCUCAGAGACCCUCCAAGAACUGCCUCAGCUCUACAUGAACGGACAGAACUCAGAGGAAUACAAGCCAUAUAUGUUCUGGAUGACCAUGAUAGAUGCCUUCUACCAAAGCCUGGUCUGCUUCUUUAUACCCUACUUUGCCUAUGCUGACUCUGAUGUGGACUUGUUGACCUGGGGAACCCCCAUCACCACCUUGGCUCUGUUUACUAUACUGAUACACCUGGGCUUGGAGACCAAGACCUGGACGUGGAUGAACUGGGUGUCCAUCACCUUCAGUGUGGGUCUGUUCUUUACUGUGGCUCUGUGUUACAAUGCCUCAUGUCCCACAUGCUACUCCCCCUCCAACCCUUACUGGACCAUGCAGAGACUGCUGGGGGAACCACUCUUCUACCUGCUCUGUAUCAUCACUCCUGUAGCCGCACUGCUGCCCAGAUACUUCUACAGGGCGUGUCAGAGCUCUCUGUUCCCCACUCCAGUCCAGGUCGGCAGGCAUCUGGACAAACUGCCCAGUGACACCCUUGGAAACAUCCUCAGUCUCAGCCGGGUCCAGGCCGGGUCGCUUCUGCAUCUCAGACCGCCCUUCCUGUCUUCACUUUCCUUCACUGGACCCUUGACUAAAGACUGCAGCCACAGGGCCACCUCCACCCAGAACCAGUACAGCUUCACCAGGGGCCCGGCCAAGAAUCCUGAGGGCCGCCUGGACCUGUCCUUACGGGGGGAUGAGGCUGGGAAGGAUCAGGGGAAGGGCUGGGGCUCUGGUAGUCCUGGAGACGGUCAGAGGAGGCUUGAAGAUGAUGAUCAGUACACACUGGCCUCCACAGAGACUGAUACUCUGCCUUAUACCAAAGCCAAAGAAGCUCCUCGGCCUGAUGCAGGGGCUGGGAGUAUGGCUGGGGCUGGGAGUAUUGUUGGGAGUAUGGCUGGGGCUGGGAGUAUGGCUGGAGCAGGGGCUGGAGCAGGGGCUGGGAGUAUGGCUGGAGCAGGGGCUGGAGCAGGGGCUGGGAGUAUGGCUGGAGCAGGGGCUGGGAGUAUGGCUGGAGCAGGGGCUGGUAGUAUGGCUGGAGCUGGGGCUGGAGCAGGGGCUGGGAGUAUGGCUGGAGCUGGGGCUGGAGCAGGGGCUGGAGCAGGGGCUGGGAGUAUGGCUGGAGCAGGGGCUGGGAGUAUGGCUGGAGCAGGGGCUGGAGCAGGGGCUGGGAGUAUGGCUGGAGCAGGGGCUGGAGCUGGAGCUGGGAGUAUGGCUGGAGCCGGGCCUGAUGACCUCCAGACUCCUCUCACCCAGGACAAUGACAGUCAGGACAUUACUCUUCUUGAUCCCUCGGACCUGAGUCUGUCCAGCUUGAUCACCUCCACACCCCUUCUGACCACAACCCGGUCAGAAACCAUCCAACUGACUCUGCCCCCUGCUGGUGGUUCCCAGUCUGCAGCCUACAGACGGAACUAUGAGAACCAUGACACUACGCCUCACAGACCACCUGACCACAGGCUCCUCCCUCCUACAGACAGACCGGACCGCCCCCAGGCCACGCCCACCUGUCCUAAAGAAAACUCGUGGCUCCAAACCACCUCUCUAUGAUGUAUUAUAGUCUUAAUAUCUAUGUAUUAUUCUUCUCAGAUUUUCGUGAUAGCUCUAUUUGAAUUCUAUUUUUCAAGAGGAUUAUUUUAUCAAAAGUUAUUAUCAUCAUUAUCGUGUACAUUUUAGAUGUUUUAUGUUAAAGGUCCAAUAGCAGCCGCUUUUAUCUCCGUAUCAAAUCAUUUUUGGGUAACAAUUAACUACCUUAACUGUGAUUUGUUUUCAAUUAAAAAGGGUCAAAAAGAAAACAAAUAUAGCUUCCUUGAAAAUAUCAAUUUCUUCAAGCAAGAAUGUAGCGAGGACUGCCUGGGAGUGGUUAGAGUGGGGGAGGGGCAAACUGAAAACUAGCUGCUAUUGGCAGAGAGAGUAUUGGAACUCUUUAUUAUUGGUCUAUUAACUAAUGUCACCAGGAAGGCCAAAACGACAUCCCACCAAAACAGGCUGAGAUUUGAGGAGGUCUUUUCAAACUGCUUUUUUUACACUAAAAGGGCAUUAUUAUAAUGUUCUCAAUUUCACAGUAUUAUUCCAAUAUCAUAGUGUGGAAAUAUACACUCACCGGACAGUUUAUUAGGUACACCCAUUUAGUAUCGCGUCGGACCCCCCCCCCCCCCCUUUGCCUCCAGAACAGCCGUAAUUCUUCGUGGGCCUGGAUUCUAAAAGGUGUUGGAAACAUUCCACAGGGAUGUUGAUCCAUGCUGAGAUGAUGUCAUCGCACAGUUGCUGCUGAUUGGACGGCGGUACGUUCAUGCUGUCGGCAAACAGUCUGUUCCAUCUCCGUUCCCAAAGAUACUCUUAUUGGCUUUGGACAGCAACAAUGUUCACAUGCUGUUGAGUUCAAUAGGUAUCAAGGGACCUAAAGGUGUGCCAGCAAAACAAUUCCCCACAGCAACAUCCUGUACCGUUGAGACCAGGCAGGAUGCUGACUCUGACAUGAGCAUGACGCAACAGGAACUGGGAUUUGUUCGGACCAGGUGAUAUUUCCACUCCUCAGUUGUCCAGUGUUGGUGAUCGCUUGCCCACUGGAACCGCUAGCUGAUAGGAGUAGAACCCGGUGUGGUCGUCUGCUGCAAUAGCCAAUCCGUGACAAGGACCGACGAGUUGCGCGUUCCCGAGAUUCCGUUCCGCACACACCACUGUUGUACUGUGUCGUUAAUUGUCUGGUCGUGGCCCGCCUGUUUAGCUUGCACGGUUCUUCUUCGACCUCUCUCAUCAACGAGCUGUUUUCACCCACAGGACUGUCGCUGCGGGGAUGUUUUUGUUUGUCGACCCUUGACACGGUCGUGCGUGAAAAUCCCAGGAGGCCGUUUCUGAGAUACUGUAUCCGGCGUGUCUGGCACUGACGAUCAUACCACGCUCAUAGACGCUUAGGUCACUCGUUUUGCUCAUUCUAACGUUAAAGUGAACAGUAACUGAAUGUCUUGCUGCCGGUGUGCCUGCUGCCGGUGUGCCCGCUGCCGGUGUGCCUGCCGCCCGGUGUGCCUGCUGCCGGUGUGCCUGCUGCCGGUGUGUCUGCUGCCGGUGUGCCUGCUGCCGGUGUGCCUGCUGCC